UUUUAUAUAUUAUUUUCGUAUAAUGUGCUUCUUAGAAAUAUUAAUAAAACAAAAUUAGAUAUCUCAAAUUUAUAUAAUUAAUAUAUAUUUAGCAUUUACCUACAUAGUUCCGGACUCGUCACAAGAAAUGUAAAUUAACCUUUAGAAAGAGAUGAAAAGGUCUGCCAUUAGUAAACAAACAAAAUUAAAUAUAUAAUCUAACCAGAAAAUUGUAAAUUAUAUGUAUAUAUAAAAAAUAAAAUAAAUGUAACAUUUUCAUAAAAAUGACUAUUUUUUAUAUAUAAAUGUCUAAUAUUGUUUUAAAAUUUUAAUAAAAGUAGGCUAAGUUGGUGACUAAAAAAUAGAAAGUAACUUGUUGAAUCAGACAAACCUCAUCUAGUACCCACAAUAUUGGAAGGAAAGAUGUCCAAAAAAAUAAAGGAAACAGUGAAUCCAACAGUGUACAUAGUGUUUAUAUCCUUAUUACUUGAUUUACUGGCAUUUACCAUAAUAUUACCAUUAUUUCCUUCCUUAUUGGAACAUUAUAGAACAAAUGACAAUACAGGACUAUACACAUGGUUAACAAACAAAAUAAAAUAUUUUCAAGAAGCUGUUGGUGCACCAGAAAAAUUUAGUUCAGUCUUGUUUGGAGGUUUUCUUGGAUCAAUGUUCAGUUUUUUACAAUUUAUAGCUUCCCCAAUUGUUGGUGCUAUAUCCGAUGUUAUUGGAAGAAAAACUGUUAUGAUUAUGUGUAUGAUAGGAAUAUCCUCAUCAUAUGUUUUAUGGGCUUUAUCAAAUAAUUUGGUUCUAUUUAUCAUAGCCAGAUUUUUAGGUGGAAUAAGUAAAGGAAAUGUUUCCUUAAGUAUGGCCAUUAUUGCAGAUGUUUCUUCGAUGAAUACAAGAGGAAUAGGAAUGGCACUAGUAGGAAUAGCAUUUUCUCUGGGAUUUAUAGUAGGACCAUUAAUAGGAGCAUUCUUUGCUGUUCUAGCAAAAAAAGAAACAGGACAAUGGUUUAUAAUCCCAGCUUUAUUUGCAUUCUCAUUAAGUAUCGCGGAUUUGCUGUUCUUCUCUGUGUAUUUUAAAGAGAGUCUACCUGCGAACAAACGAGCUAAGAGUUUAAAAAACAGUUUACAAAAUGCCAAAGCUUUAAUAAACUUAAGAGAUCUAUUUCAAUUUGCUACAGUAACAAAUAUAUCAAACAAUGAUUUAAAAGAAUUAAGGCGAAUUGGAAGAGUAUAUUUUGUCUAUCUAUUUAUCUACAGUGGUUUAGAAUUUACUCUAACAUUUUUAACACAUCACAUUUUUAAUUACAAUUCCAUGCAACAAGGAUGGAUGUUCUUCAUCAUUGGGUUAACAAUGGCAUUGGUCCAAGGAAGUUAUGUAAGAAAAUUAGCACCAACCAAAAUGAGGAAGACUGCAGUCCUGGGACUGUGGUUGAUAAUUCCUUCCUUUAUUAGUGUAGGUCUUGCACAAGGUCCAUACAUGUUAUACUUGGGAUUAUUUUUAUUUGCAGUCUCAACUGCUCUUGUAGUACCAUGUCUCAUGACUAUUGCAUCACAGUAUGGUAGUGAACAAGAGAAAGGAACUGUCAUGGGUAUAUUUAGAUCAUUAGGAGCUCUUGCUAGGGCAUUCGGUCCUAUAUUUGCCAGUAUUGCAUUUUGGAGUGUAGGAUCUUCAACUACAUACUUAAUUGGAUCUUUAGGUUUAUUAUGGCCUGUUCUAACACUUAAAAAUUCAAUAUCUUAAAAUCUAUCUAGUUUCUUAAUAAACAGUAUUGUUUUACAUUACCAUAAUAAUUUAAACAUUCUAAUUGUGAUAAUUGUUAUACUAUUUAUGACAAAUGUCAAUUUUUUAAUAAACGUUUU